GAUUUUAAACACUUGACAACACAUUGAAGCCUCUAGGAUCAAAGCAAUUGCCACAACAGUGGAAUGCCUUCAUAAGGCACACAUUUUUAAACAAUGUGGCAGUUUACUUUACAUUGCCCCAAACUCGUUUGAACAAACAUACUGCCACACAUAUCUUGACAGAGUGUACAAUUAGCCGAGGUUUUCCCCAAGGAGUGGUUACAAACAAUGACCUGCUAUUGGUGAAGCUUGUAUCACCAGGAAGACACUCGUGUCAAUUCUCUUGAUGUACUUAAGUAAAAAAGGCCUUCAAAGGUACGGGGAGGAAGUGAUCUGUGUACAUUAAUUCCUGCAGAGUGCGGUAGAUGAAGCACCCUACUAAUUGAUGCCAGCAAGUACCUGCAGCUGAUGGUUUACCUGUAGUUGAUGGCUCACCUAUGCUUGGGUCAGGAUGUGGGGAAGCACACCUGAGAUGUACACUUCACUUCCUGGUCCAGGAUGUACUCUGUUCCCGAGGAUUGGGAGUGUACAGGAAACCAUAGAAAUCCCUGUGAUUUGUUUCUUGUCCAUCAAAAAAGGAGAAUUGGUGUUCUUAUCCAAGCCGCCUAAAGAGUGACGUUCAUUAAUGCAUUGUAUUACAAGACAGGUAUCUUGGAGGAAAUAAAACGAUGGCCUCAUUUUUCCGAUCACCUGACGGAUGCAGCAUUCAUCGUGAGGAGAAAUACAUUGCGGUUUGUAACAGCUGUGAGAAGAGCGUGUGCAUGCUGUGUAUGAUCCUACACCAGGGACACAGUUUCACAGACAACGGCCAGGCCUUGGGGGUGUACAAAGGCAAGCUCCUGGUCAGCCUGAGUGUGGCAGAGCAGAGCCUGACCGCCAUACAGCAGGAGCUGCAACAACUCUCACAGCAGGAGCAAAUCUGUUACCUAAAGGCUGACGGCCUGCUGAUCACCAUACAGAACAGAGGCAGAGAGCUGAGAGAAGAACUGGACCGACUGAUUCAUGAAAUGACAAAGACCAUCAAGGACUCUAAGAAAGCCAACAUGGACAAGAUUCACACCGCCCACCACACGGUCAAGCGGCGUCACUCCCAGCUCAACAGCCUGAUCAAACAGGCCAAGGCUGAGAUCAACAGAAACAACAUCCAUAACGUACUCAGUCUGUACAACAACAUCAACGACGCCAUCGACGGCUACAACACAAACAGCCAGGACACCCAAAUUGACUUCCAGUACUACAAGUUCAUAGCUGGCGAACUCCGUAAGGAAAACUUGGAGGAAAUGUUUGGGAAACUGGAAGCAGAGGUGAAAAAAUCAAACCAGGAAAAUCCUUAUGAGUAUGUAGAACCAGCUAGAACCUGUAGCCUAAAGCAGGACCAUGCAGAUACAGAAAUCCUGUGUCAGUUCAAAGCGUGCGAAAAAGGCAUCGCAAGCAUAUGUCCAUUCAAGGAAGAUCGGGCGUUUUUGCGAGACAAUACAGGAAAAGAUAUAAAACUCAUCAAAGAGUCAGGAAAAGUUUUACGAUCCCUCACAACAAACACCAAAAAGAGCGACGUCGCAAUCACGUCAGAAGGUGUAGUACUCAUCUCUUGUCCGGAGUUAUUCUGUGUUAAAACGUUCUCCUCUGAUGGAACAAUCCGCAAGCUUAUUCUGACUGAGGAUUUACAUCCAUACGGAAUAGGUGUUCAUUUUGACACAGACUCCAUCGUUGUGGCAUUGGUCGAUUCCUGGGAUUACAAUGUGAAUUCAGACAGCAAAAGAUUUCUCAGGAAAUAUUCCAAGGAAGGGGAGACAAUUCAGACCAUUGAAAGCGUCAACAAAACAUUGACAAACGGCAACAAACCCCUGAUUGUGUCCCCUUAUAAAGUUCGACUCAGUCAAUACACUGGGGACAUCGGUGUGGUGAACUGGACAGGACCAAACCAAGGAAAUGUUCUCGUGUUUGGUACUUACGGCACCCUGAAAUAUACCUACCCUCACAAAACCGAUGUAACCUUUGAACCUCAUGACAUCACAUUUGACUCACAGAAUCAGUCGGUUGUAGCUGACGCAGUCAGUCAACUCUUGCAUUUACUCAACGCUGAGGGAGACCUCUUGCGAACUAUUUAUCAGUGUGACAACACCCCUUGGUCCCUGGGGUACUUUGGGCGGGGCAAACUAUGGGUGGGCCAGAGUGAUGGGACAGUGAGUGCCAUUAGAUACAAGUUCAGUACAGACAAAAGAUAGCAGGAGUCAGUAAGGAAUUCAACGGAUCCAAUAUUUUCACCUUCAAUGAGAAUAUUUUAAAAGAAUCAAUAAAUGAAUGUUAUACUUAAAUGUUUAUUAAUUUUGUUUUUGGAUUUUUUUGGCUGGGGGGGAUGUUUUAAAUUUAAGCAGGUUAGUCUUUAACUAUUUUGCUGAUUGUGCUGAUCACAAACUAAAACAAACAAGAACAUUUAUGUUGCCAAUAUUUCAAAAGGAAUCAAUAAAUAACUGUUGUAUUUAUGUGUAUGAA